AUGCAGCAACACUGGGUUCACAGCUGGGCUGCCAUGCAACAGCCUGCGAAGGCGACUAAUCUGCCAUCAGAAUCGUUUACUCUCCGACAAACAGCCCGUUUGAGCCUCGGCACUUCUUCACACAUCCGCCUACGACUGUCCAAUGCAUUCGGCGACAGACCUCUGACCAUCGCAAAGGCAACGAUUGCACGCUCCGCAGACAAUGCAUCAGGGACAAACGCAGUCCAGCCAGAUACGCUUCAUCCCCUUACUUUUAGCGGGGACCCUGAAGCUUGUAUUCCCGCUGGAGCGCUGGUUGUUUCCGAUCCCAUCAACAUUGGCGGGCUGCCACCGGCCACGGCUGUGAGUAUCAGCCUGUUUCUACCCGAUGGACAGCUUCCAGGGGGCAUCGUUACUUUACAUCCCGGCAGCCGGACAACCUCAUGGUACUAUAUCAGUGGCAUCGAGAUUCUAGUGCCUCGCGAGUCAAGUGCCUUCGUGUUGAUCGGAGACAGUAUCACCGACGGAAGAGGUAGUAAGACAAAUGGUGAUACACGAUGGCCUGAUCUCCUUUUUUCGCGCCUGCAGACACAGCCACAUGAAGAAACAUCGAAUUCCGCUCCAUCUAUUUCACUUAUAAACCAAUCAGCUGGCGGAAACUGCGUGCUUGAGGACAGUUCGGGUGGCCCAAGUGUGCUCGCCCGUCUGGACCGGGAUGUCCUCUCACUGUCUGGAGUGCGAUUUGCAAUGAUAUUCGAAGGAGUCAAUGACAUUGGCAUCGCGCCUCCAGAUCCGAAAAUCCAGGCAAUUAUAGAGAAACGACUGAUAGCAGGCUAUGUGCAAAUUGCGACUCGACUUAAAGCUGCCGGCAUUUUCGUGGCUUUCGCGACAUUGACGCCAUUUGGGGCACCAAGGGAGGAAGACGAGGGCAGCAAUAGGGACACAACGCCGUACUCACAUCCUGUGCGCGAGCUGACGAGACAACGCGUUAAUAACUGGAUUCGUGGUCAUAGUCCGGCGGUGUUCGACGCGGUCGUUGAUUUCGAUGCUGUGCUACGAGACCCGGAGGACUCCUCGGUCUUAGCCAGGGAAUAUGAUUCUGGAGACCAUUUGCACCCAAACCAGGCUGCGUUUCAGGCGCUGGCAAAUCAUUUUCCAAUAGACGUAUUCUGUUUGUAA